AUGGCGAGAUUGCUAUUGUCCAUGGCAGAAAUCGAAUUCGACAGUGAUGAAGUACUUCGCUGCGCCGCCGAGAUUGGCCAUGCGGGCGUGGUUAAAAUCUUACUCGAAACAGGCAAAGCGAACAUCAACGCACAAGCAAGCACAUCCGCGAUCUCAACGUCUAUAACCAGAAAGUGGCCUUGGAACACUUCGAUCUUUGAAGGUGCCUGGUAUGGUCUUGCUGCUGUCAUCAAAGGACUGCUCGAAAUCGCCGAGAACGCCCAGCUCGAUCCCAGGGAUAGCUGCUUGCGCACAACAUUGCUCUACGCCGCCAUCUUUGGGGCCUUGGAUUUCGUCAAAGCACUCCUUUCAUCGGGCAGAAAGGUUGACGUCAACGCACAAGAUGAAUACCUCAGGAACCCACUUUCAUAUGCGGCUGAACGAGGCCACGAAAGCGUAGUUGUGGAACGGCCGGCACUUGGUGAAAAACUGGAUAUCAUCCUCAAGGAUUCGGCAGGGUAUACGCCGCUAUGCUAUGCGACCUUGCUAGAUCAUACGCCCAUGGAAAAUCGGCAGUGGUCAACAAGUAGAGCAGACCUCGGCGGAGUGGACUUAACGUCCACCCAUUUGCCAAAUAUUGGACAGCUACCAAUUCGCGGCAGCAUCUCUCUGCAGCCCUGGUUCUGA